UGUUGGGGGCGGAGCUCAGUAACUUGGCUUCUGUAGGCGACUGCCCCGGGAAAGCUGCAUAGCUCGGUGUGUGUAGCGGGGCAGGGUCUGGAGGGGCAGGAUCACACCGGGCGCAAGCCCCGCCCCGCUACCCGAGGACUUUAGGAUAAAGUCAAAGCUGCUUACACCAGAGGCCCGUGGACUCAGUCUCAGGCACCAGCAUCAUGACUAUGACACUGGGUUACUGGGACAUCCGUGGGCUGGCUCACGCGAUUCGGCUCCUCCUGGAAUACACAGACUCAAGCUAUGAGGAGAAGAGAUACACUAUGGGCGACGCUCCUGACUAUGACAGAAGCCAGUGGCUGAGGGAGAAAUUCAAACUGGGCCUGGAUUUUCCCAAUCUGCCCUACUUAAUCGAUGGGUCACACAAGAUCACCCAGAGCAAUGCCAUCCUGCGCUAUAUUGCCCGCAAGCACAACCUGUGUGGGGAGACAGAAGAGGAGAAGAUUCGUGUGGACAUUUUGGAGAACCAGGCUAUGGAUGUGUCCAACCAGCUGGCUAGAGUGUGUUACAGCCCAGACUUUGAGAAACUGAAGGUGGAAUACUUGGAACAGCUCCCUGGAAUGAUGAAGCUCUUCUCCCAGUUCCUCGGGAAGCAGACGUGGUUUGUGGGUGAAAAGAUAACUUUUGUAGAUUUCCUUGCUUAUGAUAUCCUGGACCUGCACCGUAUAUUUGAACCCACGUGCCUGGACGCCUUCCCAAACCUGAAGGACUUUGUGGCCCGCUUUGAGGGACUGAAGAAGAUCUCUGCUUACAUGAAGACCAGCCGCUUCCUCCGGACACCCCUAUAUACCAGGGUGGCCACCUGGGGCAAUAAAUAGGGCCUUGACUGGGCAGGAAGUGGGAAUGUGGGGUUCUGGGGACAGUUGAACUUCCUGUAGCCCUGGUGCUGCCUUCUAUCCAUCCCCUUCCUGAUUCCAGAGUGUCAAGGGUUCUCUUUUCUUUCACCCAGUCCCCGUCCCUUCAAGCCAGCUAAAGCCUAGGCUCCUAGUUUUCCUUUAGCAAAGUGACCUUCUAGAAUGAUGGUGACAUGUACCCACUUGUUGGGACUCUCCAUCAGAGCUCAGCCCGGGGCUCCCCAUGCUUGCCUGAAGACUAAAGACGCCUGAUGUAUGCAUGAGGUCCCUGCAUAGCUCUGUCGGGUCCCUCCUGUAAAGCCUGGGCACAGUGGCUGUGGCUGCUGCACUGCCAGCUUUUACUGCGAUCCCCAGUGCCUGCCUAACGACCCUGGCAGAGGCUGAAUUCUCAGGGAUUUUAGUUGGAUGGGCAGGGGUUCAGCACUUCCUGGCUUCACCUGGUAGUUCCACAGGAGGCAGCUGCAGAAGGCUCUGUGGAGCUCAAAGGGAGGUGGGAUCUCCUUAUAUCUGCGUCUCCAGGACCCUGUCUCUGAUGCCUUCUGUAUCCUGCCUUGGUCACCAGGGAUGGAGACCAUCUUGGUUAAUCCCUUCUCUUUGUGAGCCCCUGUGAAAUAAAUUUCCUCAUGCUUUUGUAA